GGCGGGAGGCUCCAGGCCAGCCCGGGACCGGGGCUGGGAGCUGGAAGGCAGCGGCGGCGGCGGCAGAGGCGGCAGCGAGCUCCCGCUCUCCGACGCCCCCAGGCGGUGGGGCUGAGAGAGCCCGAGGAUGGCUCCGAGCGCAGACGCCGGCAUGUUCCAGAUGUUUCUGUUCCUGCUGCUGCUGUGGUUUCUGCCCCUGACUGAGGGGUCCCUGCGCGCUGAACCCAUGUUCACGGCCGUCACCAACUCAGUCCUGCCCCCUGACUAUGACAGCAACCCCACCCAGCUCAACUAUGGAGUGGCGGUGACUGAUGUGGACCACGACGGGGACUUUGAGAUUGUCGUGGCAGGGUACAAUGGCCCCAACCUGGUUCUGAAGUACGACCGGGCCCAGAAGCGGCUGGUGAACAUCGCGGUGGACGAGCGCAGCUCCCCCUACUACGCGCUGCGGGACCGGCAGGGCAACGCCAUCGGGGUCACAGCCUGCGACAUCGACGGGGAUGGCCGUGAGGAGAUCUACUUCCUCAACACCAAUAAUGCCUUCUCCGGGGUGGCCACGUACACGGACAAGUUGUUCAAGUUCCGCAAUAACCGCUGGGAAGACGUCCUGAGUGACGAGGUCAACGUGGCCCGCGGCGUGGCCAGCCUCUUUGCCGGGCGCUCUGUGGCCUGCGUGGACAGGAGGGGCUCCGGACGCUACUCCAUCUACAUCGCCAAUUACGCCUACGGUAAUGUGGGCCCUGACGCCCUCAUUGAAAUGGAUCCGGAGGCCAGUGACCUCUCCCGGGGCAUUCUGGCGCUCAGAGACGUCGCUGCUGAGGCUGGGGUCAGCAAAUACACAGGCGGCCGGGGCGUAAGCGUGGGCCCCAUCCUCAGCAGCAGUGCCUCAGAUAUCUUCUGCGACAACGAGAACGGGCCCAACUUCCUCUUCCACAACCAGGGGGACGGCACUUUCGUGGAUGCUGCGGCCAGUGCUGGUGUGGAUGACCCCCACCAGCACGGGCGAGGUGUCGCCCUGGCCGACUUCAACCGUGAUGGCAAAGUGGACAUCGUCUAUGGCAACUGGAACGGCCCCCACCGCCUCUAUCUGCAGAUGAGCGCCCAUGGGAAGGUGCACUUCCGGGACAUCGCCUCACCCAAGUUCUCCAUGCCCUCGCCUGUCCGCACAGUCAUUGCUGCCGACUUCGACAAUGACCAGGAGCUGGAGAUCUUCUUCAACAACUUUGCCCACCGCAGCUCUUCAGCCAACCGCCUCUUCCGCAUCAUCCGUAGGGAACACGGCGACCCCCUCAUCGAGGAGCUCAAUCCUGGUGACGCCUUGGAGCCCGAGGGCCGGGGCACAGGCGGUGUAGUGACAGACUUCGAUGGAGACGGGAUGCUGGACCUCAUCUUGUCCCACGGAGAGUCCAUGGCUCAGCCGCUGUCCGUCUUCCGGGGAAAUCAGGGCUUCAGCAACAACUGGCUGCGGGUGGUGCCGAGAACCCGGUUUGGGGCCUUCGCCAGGGGCGCUAAGGUUGUGCUCUACACCAAGAAGAGUGGGGCCCACCUGAGGAUCAUCGACGGGGGCUCAGGCUACCUGUGCGAGAUGGAGCCCGUGGCACACUUUGGCUUGGCAAGGUGCAGUGAGCGGCUUGUCCGUGGACUUGUGUGUGGGUGCACACGUGUGCCUCUCAGCAGCCGCCUCCUGGGCCCUUCUCUUCCCCACGUGCCUGGCCAGCUCAUCUCUCGGUGGCUGGAGAAGGAACGCCUCCCAGCUCUGCAGGCCUUUGCUUGGUCAGCACUGAGCUGUGGUUAGAGGACUCAGCUUCUCAGACCCUCCCUGUGCACCCCGAGAAUCCAGACUGCAUCGCAUCACACAAUGAAAACUCGGGGACCUUGCUGUGCUGCAUUCUUCCGGGGGGUUCCCAGCAGGCCCACUCCACUGUGCAGAGGGCUCUCAGCUUCACCCUAUAGAACCAUUCCACGCGCCCCCGCUCGGGGGAGCCCCUGGCCUCGUUCGCUGCGCCCUCCACCCUGCCCUGGCCUCCCCCUGCUCCCCCCAGUGCAGAUGGCCCGCCAGGCUCAUAAAUCAGCGUUUCUGCUCACAGCCCUUGUUGAGUGCCCCACUGGACCCCGGCUGCUCUGAACCGACAUCCCAGCCCUGUACACCCACCGCACGUAUCCCACACCCAGGCUCUCUGGCUCCGAGCGAGCCCAGAGCUGAGGCAGCUCUACCAAACCCAGUAAGUGAAAACAAGCGCCAAUAAUCUCCUUGCCCCACCGGCCCCCGUCGGGGGCUUACCCCCUGGGCCAGCCCACCCCAGGCUUUGAUGGCAUCCCCAGCCCCUGCACAUACACCCCUCCUUCCUUUCAGCUGAUGGUUUGCAAGUGAUUCAGAGCUGCCUCCAAGCCGGUUGGUGCUCAUUUAGGGAAGGAAAAUUCAGUGGCCCACAUAAAAAUCGCUUUAUUAAAGUGCAGAAAUCUUCCCCCAACUGUAUUCCCACCAUCUGUUUUGCUUGUAAUGCUUCUGAAAAGCGCGAUUCUCCGUGCCUCCUUGGCCUUUGUCCUUUAAAAGCUGCCAGAGGCGACUCCCUGCUGCUCUUAAGGGGCCCUCCUCUGCGCACCAGCUCCCUGACACACUGGCCCCACAGGCUGGCAGCUUAAAGGCCCCGUUGGCUUGUGCAGCUGCGUGAAGACUUGAGAUUUCCGGGGCAGAGGGAACAGCGGGACCUGGGGGCAGGAGCCUGGGGUCCAGUCCUAGCUCAGACACCUGCAGGGCACUGCAUCUUGCCAGCCUCAGUGUCUACAUCCGGGAAGUGGGGAUAAACUCCCUCUCAGAGUAAUUGGGAGGAUUCAAGCCAGCCACACCUGUGAGG